UUGACCCAUAGCCACAUAUUUCCUGACUUGGCUUGAAGUGCGCAUGUCGACCUUCCUGGGACGACUCACCAGGGUUACCACUGCUGCAGCAACGGGCCUUGUCUUGUACGACGUUGGGAACAGAGAGUGGUCAACGCGUCACACGUGGUCCUCAGCUGUCAAGCAGUACGCGGUGUUGGCGCUGCUGAAGCUGUGGGGCGCUUGGCGCCUGCGGCAGCUCUGUAGUGAUGCUCAGCGGGGCGACGAGGUGCAGCGCCGGUUGCUCACUGCCAUCCUGCAGGGCCAUCAAAACACCGCCUUCGCGGAGCGGCACGGGCUUCAAGGAGUGGUCACCUACGACAUCUUCCGUGAGAGCCAUCCCUUGACAUCCCGAGAUGUUCCAAGCGAAGGUGAGGAGCCUGACGCUUCGAGCGUUUUUUUCGAGCGAGGCUUCCUACCAGCCGCCGGGGUUCUCAGCUUGUUCUUCCCAAAGUGCCUGGAAGAGCUACAGAGACUAGCGGUUUUACCUGGCCGAACUUUCGUGGGAACCACUUGGGUGGAAGCCAAGCGGCUUGACUUCCUCUGCACGAGCCCCCUAGCCGCCUUUGACUUGCACGACAGGGAUCAGCGCUAUGCCCACACGCUGUUCAGCCUGAAAGAGAGGCGUUUGCCUCUGAUUUUGGCCGGCUCGGCGCUGGAUGUCAAGGCUCUGCUGGAUACCGCCUUUGAGCAUCGGCGACACCUUGUUCAGGACAUACGCAACGGCCACCUCUGGGACCGCUGCCUGCCGGAGGAGCGCCCGUCGCCGGAGCUUUUUGGGAGCCUCGACCAGGGCCUCGGCGGCCCGGACAGCCGCAGGUCCCUGGAGCUUGAUCGGCCGCUGAAGCGACACGCUGCGCAGGAGCUGUGGCCCCAAAUGCAGGUGGUGACGGUGCUUGAUGUGGAUGAGGAGGCCAAAGAGCAUCUCCGGAGUUCGCUGGGCGUGCCAGUUUUCUCUCCGCUCUAUGCAAUUCCAGAAGGUCCUUUGGGAGUUAACGUCUUUCCCGAAGAGCCCUUCGGCACAUGGACUUACCUCUUGGAUCCCGGCAGCGCCUUCUUCGAGCUGCUUCCCCCCGAGGCCGAGGCCGACUCUCGGCCCAUCCCCGCCUGGGAGGCCCAGGUGGGCGCGUGCUACGAGCUGGUGGUCACCAACCGCAGCCUCUGCAGAUGUCGCCUGGGAGAAGUUCUCCGAGUGCACGCCAUGUUCGGCAAGAUGCCGGUGGUGUCACUGGAGCGAAAAAGGGAAAGAACAGACGCAGGAGCGAGCUCAUUGCUCUUGACCUUCGGACUUCAGCUUAGCUACGCUUUGGUUCAGCGUAGCUAG